AUGCUGUUUCAGGCUGUCUGUCUAUCCUUCUUGUUGCUUGGUUCUUUCGGGUUAGCGGCAAGUAUCAACUCACGAUCCUCUUCGUCCUCUGAUACGUACAGUUUGUAUGCCUUCGGGGACAAUAUUGGGGGGUUAGCCAUGUACUACGCAGAUGGCAAUGCAGUGAUCUCCAAGUCUACACCAAGCAAUGCUACAGCAGUCGGACAAGUUGCCUUUACUAGAGGAUCCUCUCCCCCCUUAGAAGGAAACCCCGCCAACAGCACCUCGCCCGCCUCCCCCAGCAACAGUGCCAGCGCCAGUCCCAGCAGCGGCAGUGGCAGCGGCAGCGGCAGCACAAACAGCACCAACAACCCCCCCUUCUCAAAUCAGCAACUCUUCAUCCCCGGCCCAAACUCGAAAUCCCACAAGAUGGGAUUCACCAAAAACCCGUCCACGGGCCAGGUGACGACCAAGUUCGUCUGGUACGGCCAUUUCUUGUUGGUCGAAGCCGACGAUGGCGGAUAUACCUCGCUAUUCUAUGCGAAGAAGUCCGGCAGUAAUGAUGGUGCUUAUUCCAUGCAUUGGAAUAUUACGGAUGAUGAGGAUGGGGAGUUUAUUCCUAUCUCGAUGAGGUCGAUUGCGCCGUCGAAUGAGUAG